AUGGCAAUGGGAGUUCAACUGUUGCUUCGAGACUCCAGGGGGCAAGUCCUGCUUUGCUUCCUCUUGGGGACCCUGUGGGAGGCCGGGUCCGGGCAGAUCCGCUACUCGGUUCCCGAGGAGAUGGAGAAGGGCUCUUUUGUGGGCGAUAUCUCAAAGGAUCUGGGGCUGGAGCCACAGGAACUGGCCAAGCGCGGAGCUCGCAUUGUCUCGGGAGGUAAGAAGCAGCAUUUCACUCUAAAUUUACAAAACGGUCACUUAUAUGUCAGUGAGAAAAUAGACAGAGAAAGCGUAUGUGGACAAAUCCUUCAGUGUCUGAUGACUCUCCAGGUUCUCAUGGAGGAGCCAGUAAAGCUAGUACAUGCAGAAGUGGAAAUCCUAGAUAUAAAUGAUAAUUCGCCCACCUUCCCUGUGGAGGAAAUUUUGUUAGAGAUCGGAGAAAUAACCACACCAGGGGCCCGCUUUCAUCUCCAAGAUGCGCAGGAUCCCGACGUAGGUAGCAAUUCUGUCCAGAAUUACCUACUUGGCCGCAGAACACAUUUCAGCCUCAAUGUGCAGACGAAGGCUGGUGGUACCAAAUAUGCCGAGCUGGUACUAGAAAAAGCUCUGGACCGGGAGGAACAAGCCGAGCACCAGCUCCUCCUCAUAGCGGCUGACGGCGGGGAUCCGGCGAGAACCGGAGAAACCCUGAUUCGGAUCCGAGUGUUAGAUGGGAAUGACAAUGCGCCCAUGUUUCAGCGCUCUCUCUAUGAGGUGAGCUUGCCUGAGGAUGUGCAACCGGGCACAGUGGUAGUCAAGGUGCAGGCCACGGACCGUGACGAAGGUUCCAACGCCGAGAUAACUUAUUCGCUAAUAAAGCUCUCUGAGGCCUCUUCCCUGCUGUUCCAAAUUGGGUCCGCCAGUGGAGAGCUCAGAAUAGCGGGAAGCCUGGAUUUCGAGGCGGAUCAGUUACAUGAGCUAGAAGUGCAGGCGAUAGACGGAGGAGGACUUUCUGCGUUGGCCCACAUUCUACUGCGAGUGACAGAUGUUAAUGACAACCCCCCAGAAAUCACCAUCACUUCCCUCUUCAGUCCAGUCCCAGAAGACUCUCCACUUGGGACUAUAAUUGCCCUUUUUAACGUACAUGACAGAGAUUCUGGAGAAAACGGGCAGAUCCGGUGCGAGAUUUCCAGACAAGUUCCUUUCGAGAUUUCCCGUUCAUUUGAUAACUAUUAUAGCUUGAUAUCCAGUGAAAUCCUGGACAGGGAGCGAAUUUCCCGCUAUAAUAUCACUAUCACUGCGGAAGACAGAGGGGAUCCACCCUUAACGUCAAACCAAGUGAUACAACUGCAGGUGUCAGAUAAAAAUGAUAAUCCCCCGGUAUUCCACCAAAGUCACUAUUUAGCUUAUCUAAUGGAAAACAAUUCACCAGGAGCUACAAUGUCUUCUCCCAAAGCGAGUGACGCAGACAGCGAAGAGAAUGCCCGAGUCACUUACUCAAUUACCAACGAGACUUUCCAGGGUUCUCCACUCUCUUUCUUUAUUUCCAUCAACUCUGAGACGGGUGUCCUCUAUGCUUUGCGCUCCUUCGACUACGAACAAUUCAGGGAGCUACAGUUGAGAGUGACAGCUAGAGACUCCGGCGACCCUCCUCUCAGCAGCAACGUGUCCCUGACUCUGUUCAUCCUGGAUCAGAAUGACAACACCCCGCAAAUCCUGUAUCCUGCCUUCCCUACAGAUGGUUCUAGUGGGAUGGAGCUGGCUCCCCGCUCUGCCGAGCCAGGCUACCUGGUGACCAAGGUGGUGGCAGUGGACGCAGACUCUGGCCACAACUCCUGGCUGUCCUACCGUCUACUGAAGUCCACAGAGCCCGGGCUUUUCUCGGUGGGAUUGUACACGGGUGAGAUAACGACUACCCGGGCUUUCCUGGAUAAAGACUCCCUCAAGCAAACUCUAGUAGUAGCUGUUAUAGACAAUGGGGAGCCUCCUCUCUCUGCCACUAUCAGUGUUACAGUUGCAGUGGCUGACAGUAUCCCUGAGAUCCUUUCAGAUCUCAGCAGCCUAGUGACCCCUGAAUUUCCAAAUGACUCCAAUCUCACAUUCUACCUGGUCAUCGCGACAGCUACAGUCUCCUGCCUAUUCUUUUCUUUCAUUAUCCUGUUACUGGCACUCCGCCUUCGAAGGUGGUAUGUGGAGCUGGGAUCAGUAAGUACACAUCUGGAGGGUGUUCAAGCCUCCCACUUCCUAGGCAAAGAUGGAGUACAAGCGUUUCUCCAGACUUACUCAUCUGAGGUUUCCUGUACCAUUGACUCUCGGAAGAGCCAUUUAAAAUUUUCAGCAAGUAAUUCACAGGAAUUUACUAGCAAGCAAGGAUCUGACCAGAGAGAAUCUGUUAUGUCUUGGGACGCCUGCAAUAAAGCAAAAGAAGAGCAAGCCUUCAUUAAGCUGUUGGCCCAUGCCCAGCCAGACCUGGGCUGGAGCAGAAGACCCACUGUGCGUCAUCGGGACGAUUUACUGCGCAUUCUCAGCGAACACCUAAUAGAGGAAAGCUCCUACUCAUACAUUCGGCUUCUGCUCCUCGGAUUCUGCCCCAGGACCCAAGGAUUCGCCGUUUCUGAAGAAAGGAGCCUCUUUUCUUUGGCAUCGGUGGACCGGAGAGACCAAGCCCUAAACUGCACCGCUUACAUCAGGAUCACGGCGGUAGAAGCCAAUGAUAAUCCCCUUGUCUUCAGCCAGGAUGACUGCAGAGUCAGUCUGCAGGAGAACCUGCUCUUAGGAUCCUCGGUGCUGGCAGCGACCUGGCCCAGCUUAUCAUCUCAUCUCAAUGACCACAACCCGGACAUCUUUGCGCAGCACUUCUUCGACUAUGAACAGGCCCGUACCUUCCAACGGACUUCACAGGCCCACGAUGCAGACUCUCCCUCACUCAGAGCCAAUGUGCGAGUUUUCAUUGUGAACCGUAGUGACAAUGCCAUGAACAUCCUCUAUCGGACCCCGGGGGGCAGAGGCCAGCCCCCUCUGCCCACUACUGUGUGUCUGCACUUGGUUUUUGCCGACAGCCUGCAGGAGGCGCUGCCUGAGAAGAGAGGCGAGGCUUCAACUGCCUUGGACCCUCAUUCGGAGCUGUAG